AUUACUGCAUCCACGUGACGCGUUUGGAAAUGGGCGAUUCAUCAAAUGAUGCUGAAGCAGAUAGUCUGCAUUCUGCAGUAGAAGAUGAAUCCGACAUGCCGCACUUGCCUUUGAAACGUGUCAAGUUCAAGGGAGGCAAAACACCAUUGCAUGAGGCAGUGCUAGCGGCAGAUCUGCCUGGAUUAAAAAAGAUUUUGAGUUUUCCAAAACUCUCAUGGUUGAACGUGAAAGCGAAAGGUGGUUGGACCGCCCUCCAUUGGGCUACCAAGUGUCCUAGUUCUGAGUUCAUACGGCUGCUACUAGAGAAGGGUGCAGAUCCUACUCUGCUAACGAGAGAACACAACUCUGUCUUGCAUUCAGCAGCGUCUAGUGGAACAGUAGAAAUGGUCAAGAUGAUUAUUGAAACACGCCGACUGGACAUUAACGCACAAACUCUAAAGGGAUGGACACCUAUCCACUGUGCCGUGAAUAGCCAGAAAGUAGAUGUGCUGAAAUUUCUUAUCGAAUGCAAGGCUGAUAUUUUUGUUGCUACUGAGGUCUGA